GUAAAAUGUGCGACAUGAUUCACUUUAUUGAGGUCCCCCCCAAACCCACUUGUUCUUCUCACUGAGCUCUCGCUCCUUCUUCACCUCUUUACCCCAUUUCAAACUAACUCUGCAAAUUUGCAGAAAUCAGCCAUUGAAGAACAUCCCAAGCAAAUCCUCCAUUUCUCAUUCCAUCAACAAACCCACUAACAAAAUGCGUCUUCUUCUUCUUCUCCUUUGUCUUUUACAACUCAACAUUCAUCACUCUCUUUCUGCUCGUAUUUCUGAGUACCGAGCUCUUCUCUCCCUCAAAACCUCCAUUAUCGGCGACCCCAAAUCCUCACUCUCUUCCUGGAACGCUUCCACCAGUCACUGUACUUGGUUUGGGGUCACUUGUGAUCUUCGUCGCCAUGUCACUGCCUUAGACCUCACUGGUCUCGGCCUUUCUGGUUCCCUUUCCUCUGAUGUUGCUUUUUUAAGAUUUCUUACUAAUCUUUCUCUUGCUGCCAAUGAGUUUUCCGGUCCAAUCCCGCCGGAGAUUUCUUCAAUCUCUUCGCUUCGGCUCCUUAACCUGUCUAAUAAUGUGUUCGAUGGGUCGUUCCCUUCACGGCUUUCGCAGCUCCAGAAUCUGCAGGUUCUUGACCUGUAUAACAACAAUAUGACUGGAGAUUUUCCCAUUGUUGUCACUGAAAUGUCGAGCCUUCGCCAUUUGCAUUUGGGUGGAAAUUUCUUUGCCGGGCGGAUCCCGCCGGAAGUGGGUCGGAUGCAGUCUUUGGAGUACUUGGCGGUUUCCGGUAACGAACUUAGCGGUCCGAUACCGCCGGAGAUCGGAAACCUGACGAACCUUCGUGAGCUUUACAUUGGCUACUUCAACGCCUACGACGGCGGUAUUCCGGCUGAGAUUGGUAAUUUGUCGGAGUUGGUAAGGUUGGACGCUGCGAACUGCGGACUGUCUGGCCGGAUUCCCCCGGAGCUUGGAAAGCUGCAGAAUCUCGAUACUCUGUUUCUCCAAGUUAAUGCUCUAUCUGGCCCAUUGACACAGGAGAUUGGAGAGUUGAACAGCUUGAAAUCGUUGGAUUUGUCGAACAAUAUGCUUGUGGGUGAGAUUCCCGCCUCGUUCGCCCAGUUGAAGAACUUGACGCUGUUGAAUCUGUUUAGAAACAAGCUACAUGGGGCAAUUCCUUCCUUUAUUGGCGACUUGCCGAAGCUGGAGGUGUUGCAGUUAUGGGAGAAUAAUUUUACGGAAGCCAUCCCACAGAACCUGGGGAAGAACGGAAUGCUUCAGAUAUUAGAUCUUUCUUCCAAUAAGCUGACUGGAACUCUUCCUCCCGAUAUGUGCUACGGUAAUCGGCUUCAAACUCUGAUCGCAUUGAGCAAUUUCUUGUUUGGUCCAAUCCCAGAGUCGUUAGGCAAAUGCGUUUCGCUUAAUCGUAUUCGUAUGGGGGAAAAUUUUCUCAAUGGAUCCAUCCCAAAGGGGCUUCUGAGUCUUCCGAAGCUGUCCCAGGUGGAGUUACAGGACAAUUUCCUCUCCGGCGAGUUCCCAAUAACCGAUUCUAUCUCAUUGAAUCUCGGCCAGAUUAGUCUCUCCAACAACCGACUCACCGGAUCGAUUCCGCCGACAAUCGGCAACUUCUCCGGCGUCCAGAAACUACUCCUCGACGGAAACAAGUUCUCCGGUCAAAUCCCACCUGAGAUUGGGCGGUUACAGCAACUUUCGAAGAUAGAUUUCAGUAAUAAUAAGUUAUCGGGUCCAAUCGCGCCGGAGAUUAGCCAAUGCAAGCUUCUAACCUUCGUUGAUCUCAGCCGAAACGAGCUCUCAGGAGAAAUCCCAAACGAGAUUACCAGUAUGAGGAUAUUGAAUUACCUGAAUCUCUCAAAAAACCAUUUAGUCGGCGGAAUCCCUGCCUCCAUAGCCAGCAUGCAGAGUUUAACCUCCGUGGAUUUCUCAUACAACAACCUCUCCGGUUUAGUUCCGGGAACUGGGCAAUUCAGUUACUUCAAUUACACAUCGUUUUUGGGAAAUCCUGAUCUCUGCGGUCCAUAUUUGGGACCAUGCAAAGAUGGGGUUGCCAAUAGCAAUUACCAACAACAUGUAAAGGGCCCUCUCUCUGCUUCUCUGAAGCUCCUCCUUGUAAUUGGUCUGCUUCUUUGCUCCAUUGCAUUUGCAGUUGCUGCCAUCAUCAAAGCUCGAUCGUUAAAGAGAGCCAGUGAGUCUCGGGCUUGGAAAUUAACUUCUUUCCAACGCCUAGAUUUCACAGUUGAUGAUGUUCUUGAUUGCUUGAAAGAGGAUAACAUUAUUGGAAAAGGAGGGGCUGGAAUUGUCUAUAAAGGCGCCAUGCCAAAUGGUGACCAGGUCGCCGUCAAAAGGCUGCCGGCGAUGAGCCGUGGAUCGUCCCAUGACCAUGGAUUCAAUGCUGAGAUUCAAACUCUUGGGAGGAUUCGACAUCGACAUAUUGUAAGACUAUUGGGGUUUUGUUCAAACCAUGAGACUAAUCUUUUGAUUUAUGAAUUUAUGCCUAAUGGGAGUUUGGGGGAAGUUCUUCAUGGCAAAAAAGGAGGCCACCUUCAGUGGGAUACAAGGUAUAAGAUUGCUAUUGAAGCAGCUAAAGGGCUUUGUUAUCUCCACCACGAUUGCUCGCCACUCAUUGUUCAUCGAGAUGUUAAAUCAAACAACAUACUUCUUGACACUAAUUUUGAAGCUCAUGUUGCUGAUUUUGGCCUCGCCAAGUUCUUACAGGAUUCCGGCACUUCUGAGUGCAUGUCUGCCAUUGCUGGUUCUUAUGGAUAUAUUGCCCCAGAAUACGCCUACACGCUAAAAGUUGACGAGAAGAGUGACGUAUAUAGCUUUGGAGUUGUCCUGUUAGAGCUUGUUAGUGGAAGAAAACCCGUUGGAGAAUUCGGGGACGGUGUCGACAUAGUUCAAUGGGUUAGAAAACUGACAGACUCAAACAAGGAAGAGGUAGUGAAAAUCCUUGAUCCAAGGCUCUCCUCCGUGCCUCUCCACGAAGUGAUGCACGUCUUCUACGUCGCAAUGCUGUGCGUCGAGGAACAGGCAGUGGAGCGCCCCACAAUGCGGGAAGUGAUCCAAAUCUUAUCAGAGAUUCCUCAGCCACCAUCUUCAAAACCAGGAGGAGAUUCAACACUCCCCAACACCUCACCACCCCCACCACCACCAGCUGCCGAUUUAGACCUUCCAACAACAGGAACCAAGAAGAAAAAAGACCAACAGCAGCAGCCGCCACCAGAUCUUCUUAGCAUUUGAACAACUUUAGUUGGGGUUGGUAGUGUCUCUACUGUCUAUCAUAAGAUCCAAACAAGUAAGCUUAGGCUCUUGUACCUGCGAUGUCGCUUAUUUUCUUUUGGGGGAGGGAUUAGUUUUGGCUUUUUUAGUGUUAUGGUCGUAAUGUUCAAAGGUUUCUUUUUUAUUUUCUUUUCAUGUACAGUUGACCAGUUGGGUUUAUUGGGGUGGUAUUUUCCUAUGAGAAUUGAGAUUGUUCUUUUUUCAUGAAAAAAAAUGUGGAAGCAUUUGCACCAUCUUCUUUUUCUGA